UCUACGGUAGGCGCCGAAAAGCGAACACUAGCGGAAGUCGAAGCUGUCGCCAAUCGACCCCGUUCGACUUUCUCCUUCCGGCAGGUAGCAAGGGCGCAUGCUUGAAAAAGAAAUUGGCCUCGCUUGGCGGGAAGAUGGUGGUAGUUCCUUAGCUGUUUUAGAAGCAGGUCGGAGGAUGUUGGCAACGCGCCUGCGAAACCUUUCCUGUUACUGUCUCUUUUUUAUUCUUAUUGCUCUGCACAUUAAUGUGUAACUAUUUGGCCGCCUGCAGCCACGGCUCAGCCAGGAAUUUACUCUUCAGCUGUUCUUAUAUAUAGAACGAUACAUUUUGGGCUGUUACGAGUUUUCUGGGCUGUAUGGCCAUGUUCCAGAAGCAUUCUCUUCUGACGUUUUGCCCACAUCUAUGACAGAAGCCUAUUUGUUGAAUGUCCAGAGUAGUACAAAGAAUUAUUGUCUCUUUGCAGAAAGUGUGAAUGUUGCAAUUAACCGUCUUGAUUAGCAUUGAAUGAUCUUUCAGCUUCAGGGCCUGGCUGAUUCCUGCCUGGGGAAAUCUUUUGUUGGGAGGUGUUAGCUGGCCCUGAUAGUUUCUGGUCUGGUAUUCCCCUGUUUUUGAGUGUUGCUUUUUCUUUACUGUUCUCCUUUUAGAGUUUUUUUUUUUUUUUUGGAUACUGGUACAGAAAGGAGGAAACCAUGAAAAUGAACAAAAGCUGGCUACCACUAUUUUAAAACUCUAGAAUUAGAAUAGUAAAUAAAGAACAACACUAACAACACUAAAAAAAAGGGGGGGGGAAUUCCAGACAGGAAACGAUCAGGGCCAACUAUAACACCUCCCAACAAAGAAUUCCCCCAGGCAGGAAGCAGCCAGGCUUUGAAGCUGCCAGACUAUCAAGGUGGCCAAUUGCAACAUUCACACUUGCCUCCAACAGACAAGAGUGCUUUCUCUCACCCUGGACAUUCCACAGAUAUAUAUAUCCACUUGCAUAGUUUCCAACAGACCUCACAACUUCUGAGGAUGCCUGCCAUAGAUGUGGGUGAAACGUCAGGAAAGUAUGCUUCUGGAACAUGGCCAUACAGCCCGGAAAACUCACAGCAACCCAAUUCCUUCGCUGUUUUAGAAGCAGCUUGGAGGAUCUUGGCAACGCGCUUGUGCUGUGCACUUAAAUUUGUACCUACAGUAGAGUCUCACUUAUCCAAGCCUCGCUUAUCCAAGCCUCUGGAUAAUCCAAGCCAUUUUUGUAGUCAAUGUUUCCAAUAUAUCGUGAUAUUUUGGUGCUAAAUUCGUAAAUACAGUAAUUACAACAGAACAUUACUGCGUAUUGAACUACUUUUUCUGUCAAAUUUGUUGUCUAACAUGAUGUUUUGGUGCUUAAUUUGUAAAAUCAUCACCUAAUUUGAUGUUUAAUAGGCGUUUCCUUGAUCAGUCCUUAUAAUCCAAGAUAUUCACUUAUCCAAGCUUCUGCCGGCCCGUUUAGCUUGGAUAAGUCAGACCCUACUGUAUUUGGCCACCUCUAGCCAUGGCUCAGCCAGGUAUUUACUUUUGAGCUGUUUUUAUAUAUAGAACUAUACAUUUUCUUUUUGUCUUCCUUCUCCCGUUUCCCUGGUGCACAUUUCUCCCUCUCUUUUCUAUCUUUCCCUUACUUUCCCUCCUUUCUCCCCCUCUUUUUCUUCCUUUCCCUCAUACCUUUCCUUUCCUUUCUCUUCCUUCCCACCAUUUUUCUUCCUCCUUUUGUCCUUUCUUUCUCUUUUCUUCCCCUCAUACCCUGUCCCUUUUCCUUUCUCUUCCUUUCCUUUUUCCUCCCUUCUCCUUUUCCUGUCCUUUCCUCUUGCUUUCCUUUCUCCUUUCCCUGCAUAAACAUGUCACCUAGCAGCAGCCAAUUUCUUUUCUCCCCCCCCCCCCUUUCUUCUCUGGGCCUGAAAGGCAUAGACCGUUUUUUCUAGUUCAGAGCCCUGAUUGGAGUUAAUGUUGGAUAAUGAAACUUUGUAAGAGCCUUUGUAAUACAAAUAAACAUACUUUGAGUGGGUGUCAUUUCCUGUUCUUUUUUCAAAUUCCUGUUAAAUUCACAUUGAUUUUGAAAGGAUUGUAAUGCCAGUCUAAGCAAGUAAGGUGUGCUUGCCAUGGUAUCUGCCCAGUGAUGCCAAGGGAGCUUUGCUUUCCAAUAAAUGCCUUUCUGAUCCCAUGAUUUCUGCUGUGGAUUGGCACUUUUUUCUUGAUAAUCACGCAGAUAUUCAUUGAAAAACUAUAGCAAAAUAGGCUACACAAACUUUUUCCAUGGGUUGCUGUGAGUUUUCCAGGCUGCGUGGCCAUUUUCAAGCAUGUUCAAGCAUUCUCUCCUGACAUUUCACCCACAUCUAUGGCAGGCAUCUCUGACAUUGUGAGCUAUAUUGGAAACCAGGCAAGGGAGGUUUAUCUGCGGAAGGUCCAGGGUGGGAGAAAGAACUCUUGUCUGUUAGUGGAAGUGUGGAUGUUGCAAUUAAAUCACCUUGAUUAGCACUGAAUAACCUUGCAGCUUCAGGUCCUGGCUGAUUCCUGCCUGGGGGAAUCCUUUGUUGGGAGGUGUUAGCUGGCCCUGAUUUUUUUCUGGUCUGGUAUUCCCCUGUUUUUUAGUGUUGCUUUUUAUCUACUGUUCUGCUUUUAGCGUUUUUUUAAAUACUGGUAGCCAGAUUUUGUUCAUUUUCGUGGUUUCCUCCUUUCUGUUGAAAUUACCCCCACUCUUGUGGAUUUCAGUGGUUUCUCUGUGUAGUCUGACAUAGUGGUUGUUAAGAGUGGUCCAGCUCCGUUCUUUCUAAUCCUCGUGGCUUCCCGUAGGCAUGAGUUUCAGGGACUGCCUCUAGGGAUUUUUUUCGGACUUCAACUCCCAGGAUCACCGUCCAUUGGCUACACCAGCUAAGCCUUCUGGGAGUUGAAGUCCCAAAGUGGGGCGCAACCCUUAACGAGACGGCCCUGAGCGGGUGGGCGUGGCUGAAAGGGAGGCCUCAGUUACCAUGGCGACGCCGAGGCGCUGGCUGGGAAUGGCGCUGCUCCUGCUCCCGCUGCACGCAGGCCUCGCGGGCGGCCAGGCCUUCUUCCUCCCUUGGCGGCAGCCUCAGAGCUGCGCCGCCACUCAGUACUUCGACAUCGCCACUCUCUCCUGUGGGCAGUGCGGGGCAUCCCAGACCAAAGGCCACAGGGAUACAUCUUGUGCUUGUCAACCAGGAUUCAAGAUCAUUACUAAUAACGGUGGAUCUAUUACCUGUGAGAAAUGUCCAGAAGACACAGGUGGAGUUACUCAAGAUGGAUGGGACUGCAUUGCUUGCCCUUAUGAAUUAACUGCUGAAGGGAAAUGUAAAUGCCCCAUUAAUCAGAUUUUAGAUACAUCUUGUGCUUGUCAACCAGGAUUCAAGAUCAUUACUAAUAACGGUGGAUCUAUUACCUGUGAGAAAUGUCCAGAAGACACAGGUGGAGUUACUCAAGAUGGAUGGGACUGCAUUGCUUGCCCUUAUGAAUUAACUGCUGAAGGGAAAUGUAAAUGCCCCAUUAAUCAGAUUUUAGACAAGAGCCUACUUCACAAAAGAUGUCAUUUAACAGCAAGAUGCAACAGAUCAAGGAGUGGUUCUUCUUUUCAAACAGUUUACAAGGGUCAUCCGCUACUCUAUGGGCUUGAAGUGCACAGAAGAGCUACACAAUGCAAAAGAAAUCCUCCUAUGUUAUCUUACACUGUAUUUCCUCUAUUAAGUAUAUUCUGCAAGUGCUACAAAGGUAAACAUGGGAUAUAUUCAUUGUCAAAAUGCAGCCCUAACUUAAUAAUAGUAAAAUAAUAAUAAAACUUUAUUUAUAUACUGCCCUAUCUCCCGGGACUCAGGGCGGUUUCCAAUCAUAAAAAUCACACAUACAUUACAUAACAUCUUAAUAACACAUUAUUAAGCAAGGUACACAUUAUUAAGCAAGGUAAGUUCUUAAGUGUCCAGACUGUACCAAAUAAAAAUAAGCACAAUUUUCAA